UGACACGUCAAAUAGGGUUAUGUUAUGAAGUAUACGUCAGGCCAGUUGUAAAAUUUGUAAACUUAAUUAGGGCUGAACUAAAUAAUGAGCCAUUUACCUGUCUUCAACCGCUUGCCAUGAAGAAGCUGACCGGAUCAUUUCGGUACACACAGUGGGACCCGUGGCUCAUUAUCGCCCAAAUUGUGUCAGUGCAGUGUUUGCUGUACCUGUCACUGUGUCUGCUGUUGGUGCUCUUUGGGGCCCUAGUUGGGGACACCAGGACUCUGGAUCACAUUUUCGAGUACCACGAAAUUCAAGUCCGAGAUGCGGGAGGACUCAUUGUUAUUUCAGCUUUCGUGGUCAAUUCACUGAUUGGCUCAGCCGUGCUUUGGUUUAUCGUGGAGCGGACGAAACAAUGCAUGGACUUCAGCUGCACUUGGCACCUGGUUCAUCUAAUCGUAUGCUGGUUCUACAACGGGCAGUUUCCAACCACCUUUUCUUGGUGGGCGCUGAACGUGGCCUGUGCCACCAUAAUGUGUGUGUGCGCCGAGUUCUUCUGCUUAAGGACAGAGCUUGCGGCGAUACCUUUGUCGCUGGGCCCCAAAACAGACUUGUAAACAGCCCAAGCCGUAGUUUUUGUAACUGUGAUAAUAUUAAGCGAAAACAUUUUUAAUAAAAUUUAUUAACGACUAAA